AUGGAUUACCAGAACCGCGCAGGAUCCAAAUUCGGUGGUGGUGGUGUUGCUGACCGCUCCGCAACCAAUGCGGACCGUCGCGAGCGUCUGCGCAAGCUUGCCCUCGAGUCAAUCGACCUUGACAAGGACCCCUAUUUCUUCAAGAACCACGUUGGAAGCUUUGAGUGUCGUCUCUGUCUCACAGUCCACCAAAAUGACGGUUCAUACCUCGCCCACACCCAGGGCAAGAAGCAUCAAACCAACCUCGCCCGACGUGCCGCGCGCGAACAACGCGAAGGAAAGAAUCAAGAUCCCUCAUCUCUUCCCGGUGCUAUGGGAGUGCAAGUGAAGAAACAGACUAUCAAAAUUGGACGACCUGGUUACAAGAUUACAAAGAUUCGAGACCCCUUGACCCGCCAAACGGGCCUGUUGUUUCAAUUACAAUAUCAGGAGAUUACCCCCGGCGUGGCCCCAAGAGUACGCUUCAUGUCUGCUUUUGAGCAGAAGGUCGACGACCCAGAUAAGAACUUCCAGUACCUCAUUGUGGCUGCAGAGCCAUAUCAGUCCUGUGGAUUCAAGCUCCAGGCGAAGGAAGUCGAUCGACGCGAGGGACGGUAUUGGACCUGGUUUGAUGAGGAUAGCAAGGAGUUUUGGGUACAGAUCAUGUUCAAGACUGAACGUGAGGAGAGAUUUAGUGGUGUUCCCGGAUUGGCACCUAUGCGGACAUGA